UGUGGGGAGGGGAAACGUGACUGAAGGUGCUGUCAAAGAGGAAGAUAUAGAGAGAGACGUUGAAAAAGGUGAAAGAUGGAGCGAGUCGGAGGAACUCCAGGAUGGAGUUCUAGAGAGCAUAGCUUAUAGCCUGAUCGCAUAGAAGGAAACAUCACGCUAAAAGCCAGGUUGUGGAUGUGGCAUAAUGAGCACAGAGGGAGCAGGAAGAUCAUGUUGGAAGUUUAUUUGAAGCUUGGGUGGAACAAUAGAGAAAAGGUUAGAAUAGAGUCCAUAGCAUCUGCAGACAUGGACUUCAACCAGUUGGAAGCAUUCUUGACAGCCCAGACCAAAAAGCAAAGAGGGAUCACGCCAGAGCAGGCCACAGUCUUAACAAAGUUUUGGAAAAAUCAUAAGCUCAAAAUCCGAGAGAGCCUCGUCAAUCAGAGCAGGUGGGAAAACUCCCUGAAGAGCCUGAGCUGGAGAGUUGAUCUGAAGAGUCAGUCCAGGCAUUUGGAUCAAAUUAAUGCACCAGUUGCGAUUGUGGAGUUGGAGCUGGGGAAGAGUGAUCAGGAAUCUGAAUUUAUCUGCUUGGAAUUAGAUGAAACCAAAGUGAGCCAAGUCCUGAAAAAAUUGACGGAAAUUGAAGAUAGCAUCAGUGCACUAAAUCACAGCAGCUGACAUUGUGAAGAAAAUGAAGACUUUGAAGACAUUCGGCACUGCAUAAAAUAAUAAAUGUCCCAGCAGAAUUACUGUGUAUUGUAAGCAUCUCUGUUGUUCAUAAAGAAUGGUUAAAAUUGUAUGCCAGAGGUGUUCAAAUGGUUUAGCAGAUAGUGUUUUGGUUUAUAUACAAACCAAAACCUAGCUAUGAAGUGUGUCUGUAUACCUCCAUAAAGGAUUACUCACUAUCUCCUUUGUAUGACAACAUUUGUUCAGGUCAAAGUUUUUAUUUUAAGCUUGAUUUCCUUAUUCCACUCCAUCCACUUGAAAAAAAAACUAGCGAAUGGAUAAGACGAUAGUUGUGUUGCUUGUAAAAUAAAUCAGUUUAGUUCUUUGCAACCCAGCUUCAUAGCAAAAAAAANCUGCAAAUAACGUGGCAUUAUUGGCAUUCAUCAGCUCACUCUGAAAAUCCACAAGAAUGUUUGAUGUGAGAAAUCUUACAUUAGUGUGUCCGAGAAUCCUGUGGUAACUACAGCUACCAACGUUAACCUGAAUGUAAAUAUGUUUAACUCCUCAUGAAUUUUCCCUUUGAUAUUGAGCACAAAUCAUACACACAAUGCCACUGCCCUGUCCUGUUCCAUGACACUAGGGUAGCUUGAUUAAAUCUAACAAGACAUGCGUGAUAUGAUGGGAUCAAAGAUGAGAACCUUUGAUAACUGAGAUAGUGAUUUAUUUUAUAGGAUUUUCACUGACAAUUUUCAGAUGAUACGUUUCGGGUUUCAUAUAUAUGUCAACGUGUGUGACUUAAAUAAAUGCAUAUAAAAUACA